UCUGCUGCAUUUGGGCCGGUAUGACUGCUGCAAUGCACCAAGUAUAUGUUUGUCCCCAGAACCUUCAGCAUUUUGACUGCGGUUUCUGUCAGGACCCGUAACAGGGUUGCGCCUUCCCAGCAUAGCUCAGCUGUUAGACUGACUGGUUUUAAAAGCGUUUGCGGGUCAUUUCGAAAUCGUUUGUGAAUUUCUGAGUGUUCCUCUAAGAAAGUGUUUGCAAUGCCGCUAAAACAUUUUCGGGCUCUUGGGCAAGUUUUCGCAGCUACGCAUCAAGGCAGAAUAUUAAGUCAGUGUGGGAGCAUGACUUUGAAAACAACAAAACCCUACAGCGCUUCAACGGGAGGCGAAGUCGAGGGAACAGCUGCAGGUCAGACCGUGGUCUCAGAGCGAAGGGGAUCCGUGGUUACCGUGGCAAUAAACCGCCCAGAGGUGCGUAACGCGGUGAACCAGGAGACAGCGGGGCGUCUGCUGGAGGAGCUGCAGGCCUUCGACAGCGACCCUGACUUGAACGUGGCUGUUCUGCACGGGAAAGGAGGGAAUUUCUGCGCUGGUUAUGAUCUGAAAAUGCUGGCCAAUCAAAAAGCCCCCCUUAAAUUGGAGCAAGAUGUCACAAAGGGUCCUGGCCCAAUGGGUCCGUCCCGUCUGCAGCUGUCGAAGCCGCUGAUAGCGGCCGUGAGCGGCUACGCUGUGGCCGGAGGGUUGGAGCUGGCCCUGCUGGCUGACCUGAGGGUGGUGGAGGAGAGCGCCGUCAUGGGGGUCUUCUGCCGCAGAUUUGGAGUUCCCCUGAUUGACGGAGGGACAGUGCGGCUUCCUCGCCUCAUUGGUUUAUCAAGAGCGCUUGACCUGAUCAUGACCGGGCGGCCGAUCGGGGCUCAAGAGGCUCUAACCUACGGACUGGCCAAUCGUGUUGUUCCUGACGGACAAGCGUUGCAGGCAGCCGUGCAGCUAGCAGAGCAGAUCAGCUCCUUCCCUCAGCAGUGUCUCCGGACAGACCGCUCCUCAGCCGUGUACAGCUGCUACGACGCCCAGUCCUUCACACAGGCCAUGCAGUAUGAAUUUAAUCACGGAGUUCAAGUCAUCCAGGCUGAAGCGAUUCCUGGGGCAGUCCAGUUUUCUUCAGGAGUUGGAAGAGGAGGGAAAUUCCCCUAGCUUUUCACAUGUAGGAGGACUUAUGAACUGUGACUUCAGGUGAUCUCAGUCUAUUGUUGCCACAAACUUGUGUUGCAGUCAAUUGAAUAAUUACUGCUUUACAACAUACAACAAUCAAGAAUAUAAAACACAAUGAUGAAGUUUUGCAUCAGUGCAGUAUGCUUCUUAUGGGAAAUGAAAUCUUCAUUAAUUACAUUAUUUUCGGUAUUAAAAUAGUAAUUUAAAAAUA